AUCGACGUGGGCCAAGACAAGUGCAAGUCGGCACCCUAUGGCGAGCAGAUCUCUACGCAAGGCCUCGCUACCUGUAUCGGCAUCGUCGCGUAUGGAAAGUACGGCGCAGACACCGACAUCAACAAAGUGAUGGCGCAUUGCUCCCCCGGCAACGUAACGUACGUUAUCGGCCACGAGUUUGUUACUCAGGUGCGAGCGUCGGGGAUGGAUAUCUCCGGCAUCUCCAUGAGCUGCGCGACGCGGACUGUCAAUGACGACGGUCCCUACAGAAUGAGCGACCAGGACCUGCGGCAAACGAUUGCAAACCGGCAUCAGAUCUAUCCGGACCAAGUCACCAGCCAGCAGAUACAAGAACUGAGGGCGGGGAUGCGGCGCCAACUAGAUUCUGCAGAGGCCACGGCAAAGUUGAUCUGUAUGGAUCAACUUGGCGUGUCACCCACGGUUUACCGUCGCCGAAACGCUGACGUCGCUUCUCUGUACCCAUUUGGCACCGUGGUGGCAACCCCAAGUCCGCAGGGGAUCGUCUGCAUCGACGGUAACAGAGUGGCUAGGAUUCCGGACUCGGCGGCCCCGGCUCCCGCUGCUUCUAGC